AAAAAAAAAAAAAAAAACACUAAACAAAUGAACCGUCUCGCGGGAAGCAUGUCUGUUGGAAUUUCAUCUUCCACUGUCUCAUUUCCACUCUAAUAAAAGCUUCAGAACUCUUCUCCUUCUGCAGUCAUUUCAUUUCCUUCUCUCUUCAAAAAAAAAAAAAAAAGAAAAGAAAAGAAUGUACAAGUCGAAGUUGCAGGAGCUGUGCCAGCAAAGGCGAUGGGCAUUGCCAAGGUACACCUCCAUGAAAGAUGGCCCUGAUCAUAAUCCUUUUUUCAAAGCCUCGGUGUUUGUAAACAGCAAGUUGUUUAACUCCUCAGUCCCUUGCAAAUCUUGUAAAGAAGCACAAAGCGACGCCGCUAAGUCCGCCUUCCUUUACUUCGGUUCUUCUUCCUAUUCCCUUGCAGCCGCUGCUGGUAACCCAAAUCCUGUUGAAGAGGUUGAUUUGGGAUUUUACAAGAAUCUGUUGCAAGAAUUAACUCAGAGAGAAGAAUGGAGUUUACCAGAGUAUAAGACAGAGAAAUGUGGUGUGCCUCAUAGGCCAAUAUUUUUUUCUAGUGUGGAAGUGGGAGGAGAUAUUUUUUAUGGUAAAGGAGGGAAAUUCAAGAAAGAAGCUGAGAUCAACGCUGCUAAAGUUGCUUACACCAAUCUAACCGAGCGUUUACAGGUUAGCAGCUCUGAGUUAUGCUCGCCUCAACACUUGACAAGUGAACAUCUUAAAGUUAUGUCUACCUCGGUCUUGGUUACUUCUAUGGAAAAUGAAGAAAAUGAAACAGGAGGAAAAGAGUUACCCAAAUCCACAACCAGUAAUGAAAACUCUGCUUCCUGCUCUAGAUUUGUGGCUGUCUCACCCAAACAAGGCAUCCAAGGUGAACCUCUUAAAUCUCUGUCUAGUGCAGACCUAACCACUGCUGUGGAAAUUGAAGAAGACGCAGAAGAAUAUGUGCAAGAAGCGAAUACACAAGGGAAAGAAGGCUUAACGUGUAGUGAAUCAACACGUGUUGACAUUUCAGGUCUCUCAAUUUCACACUCAAAUAUGGAGAAGGAUACAGGGUUUACAAGUUAUUUGCUCAAUAACAGGUUCAGAGUUUAUCGACGCUUCCCCGACAUUGCAUUUUCACAGGGCAUCACUGUACUGCCUAUCAGUGAGGAUAAAUGGGUGGCUGUAAGCUUGGAGUUUCCAAAUGAAAGAGAUGAUUGAUCCAUCUGUUGGAGGUGCUUGUUACACAUUAGCAGUAUUUUCUGUCUUUUCUUUAUAAACUUUCGUAAGUAAUGAUGAUUUCAAUGGCUUUAUAUUCAUGAAGAUACUUUUUUAUCAA